GCGGUGGGCGGCGGCGGUGGCUUCGGGUGAGGUCUGGUAAAGGGCAGCAGGGAAGUCUGGGGCCAGGGCGGCCUGGAAAGUCUCUGAGUGGCCAUUGGCCGCCGGCUGCCCCUGUGCCUGAGGACGGCUUUUGCAUCCCGACGUCACCACCCGGCCCCCGCCUCACGUGUUGCAGCCCCCAGGUCGCCUCUGCAGACAUAGCCGCCAACUUACUGCCUGUGAGGCUGUGUCCUGACGCCCGCCGGAUGCCAAACGCCGUGCGGAGUGACUUCGAUUUUUGCAACAGCCCUGCAAGGCCGGCCCAUGGCGGAUUCAGCUGGUUCAAGCGAAACUUCCUAUCUGCUCCCUCCAAACAGGGAGGACUGGGAAGAGCACGGCAUCCCUGACUUUGUCUAUGGACAGAAGGAACUCACGCGGGAAGGGAUCCAGUGGCCGAGGACCGGGCCCGGCCUCCCGGACACCCUGCCUCUGUCUCGUUUUGACUCUGCGCUCUGCUCGGCCUGGAGACAGCGGAUGGAGCUGGGGCUGUUCCGCUACCGCCUGGGGGAGCUGCAGACCCGGACACUCCCUGGUUCCAUGGGCUUCGUGGCUCAGCUGAAUGUGGAACGCGGGGUGCAGAGGAGGCGCCCCCAGAACAUCAGGAGCGUCAGGCAGGCCUUUGACCCCGAAGAGUUUAACUUUAACAAAAUCCGGCCGGGAGAAGUCCUCUUCCGCUUGCGCCGGGAGCCGGAUGCCCCGGGGGUUCUCCAGCAAGAGGGGGUUCUCCAGCAGGAGGGGGUUCUCCAGCAAGAGGGGCUUCUCCAGCAAGAGGGUCUUCGGACUGUUGUCUUGCUAUUAUCUAAAAACCUUUGCCGGGCCGGGCUGGAGGCCGUGCUGCUGAGCUCACACCCCGGCUUUCGCGUCGGUUUCAACAGCCUGGGCGGCUUGGCCUCCGUCAACCACCUCCACCUGCACGGCUAUUACCUGCCCCACAGGCUGCCCGUGGAGGGGGCCCCCAGUGAGCCCCUGGACCCUGGGGGCCGUUUGCACCUGCUACAGGCUGUCCCGGCUCCCGGCUUCCUCUUUUACACCCGCGGGCCAGGCCCGGACUUAGCAGCCCUGAUCAGCAGGGUGUGUCGAGCCACGGACUAUCUGACUGCCCGGGAGAUCGCCCACAACCUGUUCGUGACCCGGGGCGCACCACCUGGACAGACUUCCUUUUCCUCAGCGCUCACAGGGGUCCGGGUAAUCCUCUGGCCCCGCAGGUCCAGCUUUGGGGUGAAGGAGCAGGAGGCGUUCAAUGUGGCCCUUUGCGAGCUGGCCGGGCACCUCCCUGUGAAAACGCCCCAGGACUUCAGCAGCCUGACGGAGGCGGCCGCGCUGGCCCUCAUUCAGGAUUGUCUGCUGCCCCCAGCGCAGGCUGAAGAAGUCCGGGCAGCACUGGUGGCCUUGACAGCGCAGGAGGAGCAAUAAUUAGGGCAUUUCCAUCACUGCUCUCUCACCGGGUCUUAG